AUGUCACCAAACAGCACAGUGAGGAUCUGUUGGAUACUGAUUGAUGGCAGUGGCAAACAGUUUGGCAGUUACCUGCGUGACGGUACACUCAUCCUUCCUAAAGGCCGUCAGGCUGUGCAGGAGGUGCUGGCUGAGGCAAAGGACUACCUCAUCAAGGACCUGGUAGAGCUUUGUCAAAACACACUGCAGGACAAUAAAGAACAUCUCCUGUGUGUUGUACCAGUUAUUACUUCCUGUAAAGAAGAGGAACGACUCAUCCAGUCCUCCAAGCCUGUAGUGAAGCUGGUGUACAACAGAAGCAACAACAAACACUCUCACACCAGUAAGUCAGACGAUAACCAGUUGAAGAACAUUGAAUUGUUCGACAGACUGUCACUCAGCUUCAAUGGACACAUUAUCUUCAUGAAAAACGUGACUGGAGAUGAGAUCUGCUGCUGGUCCUUUUACGGUCAGGGUCGCAAGCAGGCUGAGGUGUGCUGCACCUCCAURGUCUACGCCACAGAGAAGAAGCAGACCAAGGUGGAGUUUCCUGAAGCUCGUAUUUACGAGGAGACUCUGAACACUUUGCUUUAUGAGACCAUGCCAUUGGCUGAUAAAUGUCUGCCGGUGGUUGUGAGGCGAAGCUGCAACAACUGA